CCAGGCAAAAGCAAGAAUCCCUGACACAUUUCAAAGAUCAGUCAAUCUUCCAAUAUUCCAAGUUCAGUUUUAAGCAAAAAUGGCAUCUCAAGACCAGGGCUUCAGAGCCGGUGAAGCCAAAGGCCGUACUGAGGAGAAGACGAAUCAGACGAUGGACAGUAUGAGGGAGAAGGCAGAGGCGGCCAAGAACAAGACAUAUGAAUCAGCUGAAGCUGCCAAGAACAAGACCACAGAGACAGUUGAGGCAGCCAAGGACAAGAGUUACGAGACGGCUGAAGCCGCCAAGGAGAAGGCCCAUGAGGGGAAGGAGAAAACGGGCGGGGUUCUUCAAAAGACAGGGGAGCAAAUGAGGAACAUGGCGCACGGUGCUGCUGAUGCCGUGAAGCACACGUUUGGAAUGGCAAAUGAAGACAAGGAUAAGCAUAACACCACUUCGUGUAGGAGGGACUCUAAUUAGUAGGAUAUAUAUAUAUAUAUAUAUAUAUAUAUGUAUGUAUGUAUGUAUGUAUGUAUGUUCCUUACCUGCAAACUUUGUGUUUCUGUGUUUUGUUUGUGUUGUAUCAAUGUUUUGAUGCUGUCUCUCUAGGGGACUCUGUUUGUUCGGUCUUGUAAGAGAAACAUGUUGUACUCGAUCGCAAUAAAUGUUCCUUGAUAUU